UAGUCUCCUUCCUUUCCUUCUCUUCCAAUUCCCAAUUCUAUUUCAACCUCUCUCAGAAACCCUAAUUUCCCCUAUAAACAAUUAAUUGCUCAAUUGAGUUUCUCUAUGAUCCUUCCCAAGUCACUAGAUAUCAAUUUAAUUCAAAUUUAUUCUAAUUAACAAUCUCAUAUUGUUGAUCCCAACUAGCUCGUAUCAAUGGCGAAACAAUUCAACGUUCCGCCGGUAAUCUUUCCCUCCGACGGAAACGCCGGCGCACAACAACGCCGUCCUCCGACAGCUCCAUUUCAGCCGCCGAAAUCUUCAAACCCUAGCAUCCCUUUCAUGUCCUUCGACGUUACCUCGGCGGCUGCUUCCACUUCAUUUUCAACUCCGCAUUUCGCCUCCACCACCUUCGGCAGCGGCGGCUCAACUGGCUUUGAAGAUGAGCCGCCGUUACUAGAGGAACUCGGGAUCAACACAAAGCAAAUUUACCAAAAGACCCUGUCCAUUCUCAACCCAUUUAAAAUCAAAUCAGAUCUUCAUGAAGAUGGUGACUUAUCCGGGCCGUUUAUAUUUUUAAUGUCAUUUGGGCUUUUCCAAUUACUAGCUGGAAAGAUUCAUUUUGGGAUCAUAUUGGGCUGGGUUGUAAUGGCUUCAUUGUUUCUCUACGUAGUGUUUAAUAUGCUUGAGGGUCGAAAUGGAAACUUGGAUUUGUACAGAUGUGUUAGCCUGAUCGGUUAUUGUAUGUUACCCAUUGUGAUAUUAUCGGCGAUUUCACUGUUUUUGCCCGGUGGAUUGGUAAUCAAGGUGUUGACGGGAGUUUUUGUUGUAUGGGCCACGCGAGUUUGUACGAGGCUUUUGGUUGAGCUAGCUUCUUGUGGAGACGAGCAUCGUGGGCUGAUUGCGUAUGCUUGUUUCUUGAUUUACAUGGUUUUCUCUUUGCUAGUUAUAUUUUGAUGUAUACAGAAAGGAAUUAGAUUAGAAAUGCUGGUAUUUUGCACCUUAUAUUUAAUACUGUUUUUAGGUAUUUUGGAGGCUUUAACUGUUGGGAUUCAACUGUUGUUAGUUAUUGAAAAGAGAAUAGAAAAACUGAAUUAUGCCGUGUUAAUUUCACGAUGUCUCAUUAAUAUCUCCCAGUUUGCUUGUUA